UCAUGAGAUUUGAUUAUCUAUUAUCAAAAUUGAGUUUUGAAACAAAAUUUAAUUCACUUUCAGUUAAUUAAUUAACCUAGUUGAGAAAUUCGUAUGUUUUGUCAUCGUGGUUGGAAUUUUGUUAUAAGAGUAAAAAAAAGCUACAUCGAAAUCGUCGAUUAUUCUAAAUGUUAUUUAUGCGUGUUUUUUAUGAGUUUUCACUUUUCUUGGACGUUUUUGAUUGAGAAUUUAAAGAGUUUUACAAUAGUCUAAAAAGACAAGGCCAACUGAAUAAUAAAAAAAUCUUUGGAAACAAAGCCGGUGUAAAAGUUUUUUUUUAUAUAACUGAAUUUUCUCCAAAAACAAAACCCUUAAAAAAAAUAGAGUCUCAACCUAAAACUGAAUUAAUACGAGAUAACUUAAAAUGAAAAAAUACCAUACUAAAAUGCAUUUUUCUACACUUCCGGAUCAUAAGAAUGAGAUUUAUUGUUGUCACCUAAAACAAAGUGUUUUCAUUUGUGCGGAUUUUUUUUAAUUUAUCAUAUUUUCAAUAUAUAAAAUAUUUUAAGUUUAGAAAGUAUCCUUUUUACAAAUUUCUAGUUUAUAUUCUUUUUUCUCAACAAAAAUUUCGAGUUUAUAUAUGCCAAAAACUAAAGGAAUAAUUUUGUUUUUUUUCUGGUAGUUAGAACAUGUAUAUGAAGUUCCAGAAAUAGACUAUCUACAAUGAUUUUCUCGAUUUUUAGAGUAUUUUCACAAACCGAGUAUAGUUUAUUUCUAAUGGUUUAUUCUAUAGUUUAUGCUAUUAAUAUUUUAAAUAUAUUCUGUUUCUCGUUUAUGACUAAUAUUUUUAUUUAUAAAAUUUACAAUCUAAUCCCAUAUAUUGUAUUUUUGCAACAUUUUCGCAAAAUAUGAUAAUUAUACUAAAAAAUUCAAUAUAAUAAAAUUACAUUACAUUAUAUAUCAAAUAAAUUUUACUUAAACAUCACCAUUCGUGAAAACUUAAAAGUGAUUGUUUAUGUUAUAUAUCAUUAUCAUAUUCAUUUUAAACAAGAAAAAAUUAUAUCACAUUGGAAAAUGUAAUAUGACAUUAAUUAAGUCAUGUGCAAUUUCCUUUAUGAAUAUUUAUAUUGUUGGUAAUAUUUUUUAGUUAAGGUAACAACUAAUAAAUUAAAUCCUAUAUCGCCAAGUAAAUUUUCUUUAUAAAUUUUGUUUUUUGGCAAGAAAUUUGAAAUAGAGUAUUGACUAAUAAUUUAUGUAUCGCAUUUAAAUUAAUAUAUAUUUAUAUACAUAUCACAUUAAUAAAAAAUAAACUAAAUAUAAUUACAAUAUAAAAAUUUCUACAUUAAGUUAUAUAUCAAAUUUUGGUGUAUAUAUAUAAGAAAAAUGAAUUAUAAUUAAGUGUGUCUUAAUAAUUACAAAACCAAAGUAAUAUUAGCCAAGUCAAAAUUUUGUUGAUUGUUAAAUGAUUGAAAUUUUAUAGAAGUGGUUUUAUUAUGUGUCAUCAGCAUAUUCACUCAACAUGGAAAAUAUGACAUGACUGGUUAAAUGUGACAUGUCAUCAUUUAAUUGUGGUACAAUAUAACAUCUUUAAAUUAAUAAUCUAUAAAUUAAUAUACACUAAAAUUUUCUAUAAAAUAAUAUAAUUUUAUAGUCGCAAAUUGAGUUUUUGGUUCAGUUAGUAUAUCGAUAAAUUAAUAUUUUUAUAAUUUAAAAAAAAAUAUAGUUUUGGUGUAACCCAACAUUAUUAAUUUAUAGAGGUUUCACUGUAUAUACAAUUCUUAAUAAAUAUUAAUAUUUGUGGAAGCUCCUUCAGUCCAGUGGUUUGACAAAAGAUUCAUAAAUGCUUUUACACGAGAAGGACUGGAGUUCAAACCCCAGAAAACGCAAUUAAUGCACCUUAUGGGAAAAAAAAGUUACAAGAGAUCUUCAGCAUGGUGCAUGGCGUAUCAUCGAACAUGAAUUUCAUAGGGCGGCUCGGAGUGAUACAGUCAGACGUGCAUUCUCAUAUGAUGGUAGAAUUGUCGGAUAUAUAUUUGUCUAUGUAAUAUUUUUUAUUGUUGUAAUAGCAUAAUUAAUCAGACAUAAAAAAAUAUUCAUAUUUUGGUAAGGCUUUUAAAAUAUGGCAAUAACUAAUAGCUAUUACAUUCCUAUUAAAGUAAAUAACAUAUAUCUUAUUAAAAAUAAACUAAAUAUAAUUACAAAUCACGCUCCUCGGAUUGUUGUUAGGUUGUAGUUAUCAAGGUCUGUUCAAAGAAAGAGCUGAGCAUUUUCAGAUGAUGAGUUCACAUUUUUACCUAAGCGGCUAAGCCCCAACGUUAAGGGAUGCAUGGUGGAUCUGUAUGGACGAGCAGGUCAGCUUGAUAAGGCUCUUGAGAUAAUACAUGUGUCUUCCUGCCAUGAAGAUCCUGUAUUGUGGAGAACCCUUCUUGGCUCUUGCAAAAUCAUCCGCAGGAAUUUGGAACUAGAAGAAGUAGCUAUAUAUGAAGAAACUGAUGCAGCUCAAGGCUUUCAAUGCAGGGGAUCACGUGCGUAUGACGUCAAUAUAUUCUGCAGCGAAUGAUGCUCAAGGUGUUUGCUAGAAUGUGAAAGCUAAUAAGAAGCCAUGAUUUACGGACAGUUCCAGGCUGGAGUUGGAUUGAGAUUGAUGAUCAAGUUCACAAGUUUGUUGUAUGACAAAAUGCAUCCGGAGUGAGCGCUAAUUUAGGUCCUGUUUGUUUGUAUAUCUUCUGUGCAUCCACAUGGUCUAUCUAGAUGUCUUAUCCAGAUGCUCCAUUUGGGUGUUGUUCAUUUAUUUAUUUCGUCCAUGCAUCCAGAUGAAUCAUCUGAAUGCAAUUAUGUUUGUUUGCUUUUCAUUUUUUUAAAUUGCAUUUAGGUGGACUUGUUAAUAAAAUUACUAAAAUAUAUUUUUUACGUUUCGGCGGAAAAAUAGCAUUUUUACGGUUUUGGCAGAAAAUAUUUUUGCGGUUUUUGAGGAAAAUUGUGUUUUUGAGGAAAAAAUGCAAUUUGUGAUUUUGGCGGAAAAUACGUUUUUAUGGGUUUGGCAAAAAAUAUGUUUUUGCGGUUUUGGCGGAAAAGUGCAUUUUGCAGUUUUGGCGGAAAAUGUAUUUUUGGCGAAAUAGUGCUUUUUUGCAGGUUUUGGCGGAAAAAGUUUUUUUUUUUUUUUUUGUCAUCAACAAACAGACUCAUAUAGACUCUGCGAACCAAACUGGUAACUCCGCAUCCAUGUGAACGACGAAAGACAAUUGUUUUCUGGCACAUCGUGCUAGACUAUCCGCCUUUUGAUUUUCCGUCCGGGGUACAUGAAUGAUCGUUGAGCUAGUAAAACAUGUCUUUAGUAGCUUUAUGUCGUGCAGGUAACUCUCAAACGCCGGCCAUUCCUCUGGUUCCGAAACCAUCUUCACCAAUUGAGAACAAUCCGUAGCAAAAGUAACCUGAAACUGAUGUAAAUUCCUCAUGCAUUCCAUUGCCCAUAUCAAAGUUUCCAUCUCUGCAUGAAGAGGUGAAAGACAUGCCCUAGUAUUCCUUGCACCCAUCAAUCCCUGAAAGCCCUCGAGUAUGCUAUACCAUCCUUGACCUGAAUAAGGUUCUUUAUCUUUCCAGGAACCAUCUAUAAAACACCAACGACCAACUCUCAGCUGCCGAUUCAAAACCUCAUUCUGUGGUGGAGCCUGCUUAGUCUUAAUCACCUAGGGCUCUGCCCAAAGUGUUGAUUCAGUUUCUGCAAGCGUAAGUGCAUCAUUCUCUGGCGGAAAAAGUUUUUUUUCGCGAUUUUGGCGGAAAAUGCAUUUUUGCGGUUUUGGUGGAAAAUGUACAUUUUUUUUGCGUUUUCUUACGGAAAAAGUGCAUUUUGCUUUUUUGGCGGUUUCGACAGGAAAAUACGUUUUCCGGUUUUGGCGAAAAAAUACGUUUUUCCAGUUUUGGCGGGAAAAUGCGUUUUACGGUUUUGGCGAAAAAUGUAGUUUCCGGUUUUGGUGGGAAAUUGUGUGUUUUUGGGUUUUGGCUAGAAAAUGCUUUUUGAAGUUUUGGCGGGAAUAUGCAAUUUUGUUGGCGGGAAAAUGCUUUUUCGAUUUUAGCGGGAAAAUGAAUUUUCCCGGUUUUAGCCGAAAAGUGUGGUUUUACUGGCUUUGCCGAAAAGUGUAGUUUUAUGGAAAUGUGUGUUUUAUGUUUUUGCGGAAAGACGUAUUUUGCGGUUUUGGCAGAAAGUGUUUUUCAAUUUUUGCGGGAAAAUGCAUUUUUUUUUAGUUAUGGCAGAAAUAUGUAUAUGAAAAAAAAAAGAAUUUACGGUUUGAAAAUUAUAUUUUGAUUUCAAAAUGUCAUUUUUAGAGAUGGGUUUUUAAAAAUUCAAAUAGGUGAUCCAUGUGGAUGUAAUAUUAUAAUGCACAAAACGAACAUCGAUUUGUAUCUUCACCUAGAUGGAUCACCUAGGUGAGCAAACGAACAGCACCUUCCACCGAACUAGAGGAAGUAACCCGUCACGCCAUUCUAGCUGGUUACAAGGCGGAGGACUAAAAAAUAACUGGUUGAGCUCUCUCUGAACUGUCAGUUGCUUACAAAAUAUGUGUCAAAAGAAUUCAAUCGGGAGAUGAUUUGUUUUUUUUAUUAUUGUUAAAGAUAGAGUUAGGUUUCAUCACUUAAACGAGUGAGAGUGCUCUUCAUCAGGUGUGAUAAAUAGUUUCAGGUUCCAAAUUGUACAUGGUUUGCUCUCUCUCUCUCUCUCUCUCUCUCUCUCUCUCUCUCUCUCUCUCUCUCUCUCUCUCUCUGACUGAAAUAUAUAAGAGAACUGUUAAGGAAAUUUUCCUUUCUUUUUACAACCGUCUCAAGAAUAUUAUUUGCAAAAAAAAUUAUUUAGAUGAUAAUGCACCAAAAACAAUAUAAUUUCAAUUUUAACAAAGAAAAUCAUAUCCAUAAUCCAUUCACACGUAUUUAGCAUCCAUAUAAAUAACAAACUCACUAACCAUUGAGAUUAAUCAAAGCUUUCGUUGAUAAAAGUGAAAAAGUGAAGUUGCUACUCUAGACCACUCUCCGUGAAGAUGACUCCUCAGAGAAGCAAGCGCAGUGAAACGCCACAACCCUCUCCACAACACGAACCCAACAUGCAGUCUUCUUCUUCUUCUUCGGCCUCUUCGUCUUUAGCUUAUCCACCGGGCUAUAGGUUUGUACCAACCGACGCAGAAAUCAUCUAUUAUUACUUGAAACCCUUCUCACCAGACAACAAAAAAUCAUGGCCAAAUCUUCCCAUUCAUCACGCAAACAUCUACGAGUCUAAUCCACUACAACUUACAGGUAUGCCUCAAUUAGUGGUGGUACACUUCUUUUAGAUGCCCUAAAAUAUAUUUUUUCUAUAUAAUUUUACACAAUAUCAUACUAUAACUGGAUAAAAGUAAACCCGUCAGUACUUGGCUUGACUCUUGGAAAGAACUUAAUGACUACUGUCUAGACGAACAUAAAAGGUUCAUAAUUAUUAUUUGAGAAUAUAGUUAAGCAAUAUAUUCUUUGAUAAAAGUGCAUAAACAAUUUUAGCAAAAACAAAAGUGCAUAAACAAUCAUAAAAACUCUACAAAAUAACUAUAAUAAAUUAUCGUUAAGAUAUAAAUAAAUAUUUAUAUGAAAAAUUUAAUGAAAAAAGACUAUUUAUAUUUAAUGUUCUAAUCCAUAGUUGAAUUAUCUCUUUAUUUACAAAUUAUAGUUGCUUUUGUUUCUUUGUUUGUGUGUGUGAAUCAAUCUUUAUUUUGAUUUGAAACAGCGGAAUACAAGAAGGGUAAUCUUACGGAAUGGUUCUUUAUAUCUGAGAGGACAAAGAUUAAAACAAACGGCCAGAAACAAAAACGUGUUGAUCACAAUGGAGGAUACUGGCAUUCAAAAGCAGUUACCAAGAAGAUUAAAGUGAAAAAAGAUGUAGUUGGCUACAAAACCACACUAAAUUAUUUCGUUGGCAAACAACCAAACGGAGAAAGAACAAACUGGUUAAUGCAAGAAUACUGGCUUGAGUCUUCCGGCCAUAACAAUACGGUAUGUAUUGUGUCUUGUUUUCCAAGUUAUUCAGAUUGUGAUAGUUUUGUAUUAUGUUAACCUUUUUUUUUGUUUGGUGUGUGUAUGAAGGUGGAUUAUGCUUUGUGUAAGAUUUAUCUGAGUCCAACGGCACAAAAGAACAUGAAAGAAGAAGACGUUGAAGAAGUAGAAGAGGAGGCUGUGCAGCCACGUACUGUUGAGAUUCAGCAACCGCAACCACCGCAGUUUUAUCCAACCCCGUUGGUUUCACACCAACCGCAGCCGCUGCCGCAGUUUUGGCCUACCGAACUGGAUUCAUAUCAACCGCAACGUCAAGAUAAUGAGUAUCAAGAACCGCUCCAAGCACAGCCUCUUAAUACUAUCUAUCAACAUCAAUCGCAAUGUCCUAAUAAUGAGUCUGAGUAUCAAGAACCGCACCAACCACAGCCUCUUAAUACUAUCUAUCAACAUCAAUCGCAACGUCAUAAUACCGAGUCUCAGUAUCAAGAACCGCACCAACCACAGCCUCUUGAUACUAUCCAUUAUCAUCAAUCACAACUUCAUGAUAUUGAGUAUCAAGAACCGCACCAACCACAGCCUCUUGAUUCUAUAGAUCAUCAUCAACCACAAUGUCAUGAUAGUGCCUAUCAAAAUCCGCCCCAACCACAGCCUCUUGAUACUAUCCAUUAUCAUCAAUCACAACUUCAUGAUAUUGAGUAUCAAGAACCGCACCAACCACAGCCUCUUGAUUCUAUAGAUCAUCAUCAACCACAAUGUCAUGAUAGUGCCUAUCAAAAUCCACCCCAACCACAGCCUCUUGAUACUAUCCAUUAUCAUCAAUCACAACUUCAUGAUAUUGAGUAUCAAGAACCGCACCAACCACAGUCUCUUGAUUCUAUAGAUCAUCAUCAACCACAAUGUCAUGAUAGUGCCUAUCAAAAUCCACCCCAACCACAGCCUCUUGAUACUAUCCAUUAUCAUCAAUCACAACUUCAUGAUAUUGAGUAUCAAGAACCGCACCAGUCACAGCCUUUUGAUAAUAUCAUUCAUCAUCAAUCGCAUCAGGUGCAGUUUUGGCAAGAAACAUCUGGGUCACAUCAAAGGCAGCUUCAGGAUCAGCUCCCACAGUCUUGGGCAGCCCCUUUGGAUUCAUACCCACCGCGUUGUCACGAUAUUCAGUACCCACAACCGCAGCCUCUUGAUGCUAUUGAGUAUCAAUACCUGUAUCAAUCAGGUCCAUUAACAACGUAUAAAAACGUUAUUGAGUCUUGUACUCAAGACAAGUCAAAUGGUGAUAUCAAAAAGGUGGAUCAUGCUCUCAAGAUUCAUUUGACGCCACGGGGAAUAAAGAGAGAAGUAGAGGAAGAAGAGGUUGAGAAGAGGAAGAGGAAGAAGAAAGAAGGAGGCGUUGAAGCACCAAAAGAAGAGCUUGAGCAGCUGAUCAACUCUCAUCAGAACUCAAGCGAUAAUGAUUCUUUUUUCACUGGCUUCGUUGAUACACACCUACUACAUAUAGACAUAGAGUCGUCCAUCAGUAACUGUUGUUUGAAGAAAUCUCUAGACGAGAAUUGAAGAACAUUACACACUCAUCUCAUCUGUCUAUGGAGAUCUGCUCAGUUCUUUCUUUCUGUUUCUGUUAGCUCUCUAUCAAGCUUUUUGGAUAACAAUGGUUUAUUUAUGGCUUUUGUUAUCAGUUAAUCUUUGUUUCCUUCAUUACACAUUCUCUAAAUCCAAGAGAUGUGUACUCUUCCCAUCUCUGUUGCCUUUCUAAACUUGAUAUUACACUAACUACACUAGUCAUGACACGUGAUAAAAUAUUAGCUUUCACUGUCAUUAAUUCGGCAGCAAAAUAUAUAAAAUCGCAUUUUACAUUAUCAAGUUGGCAAAAAUAUGUAUUUUAAAUCUUCGAGUUUAACAUAUAACACUUUAAACAAUGAAAGUAGUUGUAAUAACAUACAAUACAAACUAUAUAAAUUAAUACUCGAUAAAUUAAUAAAUACUAUGAGUUAAUAAAUUUCCCGGUGCCCGAGUUGGAGCCAAUUCAAAAUAUGAUAGAAAUCGAUAAAAUAAAAAGAUAAUACCCUCUGUUUUAUUUUAAGUGUUGUUUUGAGUUUGUGCACACAGAUUAAGAAAACAAUUAAUUUUGUAUAUUUUCUAUAUACCUAUAUACCUAACAAUAUUUCAACCAAUACAAAAAUUAAUUUCUGAAUAAAAUUAAUAAAUUUUUCAUUGAAAGUUGAAAACGACACUUAUUUUGUAAUAAAUAAAAAUUUCUACAACGACACUUAAUAUUAAACGGAUAGAGAAAUUUUUUAGUGAACCCUAUAUAAAUAUAUGGUCCCAUUAAAAUCAUAAAUUAAUAAUGUUUGAAUAUACAUUUUACAGAAGUACAAACAAACAGUUAUAUCAUUUUUUAUUUCACAAUAGAAUUACCUUUAUAUUUUCUUAACACUUCAAUAUACUUUACUAGUAUAUAGUACAAUAAUAUCUAAAACUCAUUUAAAUUUUAUAAAACAUAUGUUAUAUACACAAUAUAGUAUAAUAAAAAUAACGUGAAAUUUGAGUUUCAAAAUUUAAUUCAUUUAUAUACGAUAAAAAAAUUAUUUGCAUAUUUUAUAAAAAUUAAAAAAAAUUAAAAAAAAUCCAGAGAAGAAAUUUCUUUUCUAAAUUAAUAACUUUGUAUAUUAAUAAAAUAUCUCAGUUCCAACAUUACUAAUUUAGUACCAACACAAACACAAACCGGAGUUUUUAUUUUUGUCUGAAACGAAACAGGAUUUCGAUUUCGUACAAAGAUUUCAGUCUCAUUUUGGCCAUGAUAGCCUGGUUACUGUGGAUCCAAAUGGGCGGAGUGGUGGUUUAGCUCUUUUUUAUAAUAAUGAGUAUCAAGUUAGAGUCAUAUAUUCUAGCAAUAGAAUGAUAGACGUGGAGGCGAUGGUUAAAGGAAAACAAGUUUUUCUUACUUUUGUAUAUGGGGAUCCGGUACCAAAGCAAAGAGAACAGGUAUGGGAGAGAUUAACUCGAUAUGGAUUAGCAAGAUCCGAACCUUGGUUUAUUAUUAGUGAUUUAAACGAGAUUACUGGGAAUCAUGAAAAGGAUGGGGGAUCCCUAAGAUGUGCAACAUCUUUUAUUCCUUUUAACAAUAUGAUACGGAACAGUGGGCUACUGGAAUUCCCGGCUCGUGGAAAUAAAUUUUCAUGGCAAGGAAGGCGUGGCAAAGGAAAGGAUGUUGUGACGGUCAGAUGUCGAUUGGAUCGAGCCUUGGCAAAUGAAGAAUGGCAUACGUUGUUCCCAUGCUCCUACACAGAAUAUUUGAGGUUAGUGGGAUCUGAUCACCGUCCUGUAAUCGCUUUUUUGGACGACAAGUUAUUGAGGAAAAGGAGAGGACAAUUCAGAUUUGAUAAGAGAUGGAUAGGUCAGGAGGGGCUUAUGGAAUCAAUAGUGACAGGAUGGACGGAGAAUCAGGGUGGGCAAAUUGAGGAUUUUGUUACAAAAAUUAGUAAUUGUCGGCAUGAGAUCUCUUCAUGGCGAAAGGAUAAUCAGCCAUAUGGGAAGGAUAAAAUUAAGGAGUUUCAAAAUGCGUUGGAGGAAGUUCAAACAGAUAAUAACAGAUCUCAGGAAGAGAUUCUUGAAGUCUCUAGGAAAUUACAACAGGCUUAUAAGGAUGAGGAGGAAUAUUGGCAUCAGAAGAGUCGGAAUAUGUGGUAUUCAUCUGGAGAUCUUAAUACCAAAUUUUACCAUGCUCUAACGAAGCAGCGUAGGGUCCGAAAUAAAAUAGUGGGACUUCAUGAUGAUAUGGGUAAUUGGAUUACUGAGGAGAAUGGAAUCGAGAAAGUGGCAGUUGAUUAUUUUGAAAGUCUGUUUAGUACAACCACUCCAACUGACUUUGAUGGUUUUUUAGAAGAGAUAGUCCCGUCUAUUUCUCCCCAAAUGAAUCAAGGUUUAUUGAGAACAGCAACAGAGGAAGAGGUCAGACAAGCCUUAUUUAUGAUGCAUCCAGAGAAAGCGCCAGGUCCAGAUGGGAUGACAGCUCUCUUUUUCCAGCAUUCCUGGCAUGUUAUUAAGAAAGAUGUGGUAGAUAUGGUGAAUAGUUUUUUGGUGACAGGUGCUAUGGAUUCAAGGUUAAAUACUACUAAUAUUUGUAUGAUCCCGAAGACAGAGAGACCGACAAGAAUGACAGAACUGAGACCGAUAAGUUUAUGUAAUGUGGGUUACAAGAUUAUUUCGAAAGUUCUGUGUCAACGAUUGAAAGGUUGUCUUCCUAGUCUAGUAUCGGAGACACAAUCGGCUUUUGUGGAAGGCAGGUUAAUAUCGGAUAAUAUUCUUAUAGCGCAGGAAAUGUUUCAUGGAUUGAGAACUAAUAAGUCAUGUCAAAAUAAGUUUAUGGCAAUUAAAACGGAUAUGAGUAAGGCGUAUGAUAGGAUCGAAUGGAGUUUCAUUGAGGCUCUCUUACAUAAAAUGGGUUUUGAUGUUCGAUGGAUCAAGCUAAUGGUGGAGUGUAUAUCCUCGGUUCAGUAUAGAGUACUUCUUAAUGGACAGCCGCAAGGCCUUAUAAUUCCCCAGCGAGGGUUACGGCAGGGAGACCCUUUGUCUCCUUAUUUAUUUAUUUUGUGUACUGAGGCUCUAAUUAUGAAUAUUAAGAAGGCGGAGAGAGUCAAACAACUAACCGGUAUGAAGGUAGCAAGAGCUUGCCCAGCAGUCUCGCACUUACUAUUUGCCGAUGAUAGCCUUUUCUUUUGUAAGGCAAAUAAGGAAGAGUGUCAAACUAUUCUCAGAAUUUUGAAGGAAUACGAAGCGGUUUCAGGCCAACAAAUAAAUUUUCAGAAAUCCUCAAUUCAAUUUGGUCACAAGAUUGUAGAAUCUAGUCGUCAAGAAUUAAGAGACAUAUUGGGUAUUCAGAAUGUAGGAGGAAUGAGAUCUUACUUAGGGUUGCCCGAAAUUUUGGGAGGAUCUAAGGUUCAAGUGUUUGGUUUUGUCCAAGAUCGUUUAAAUAAUAGGGUGAAUGGAUGGACUUUCAGAUUCUUUACUAAAGGAGGUAAAGAAGUGAUUAUUAAAUCAGUGGUCACGGCUCUACCAAAUCAUGUGAUGUCUGUGUAUAGGCUACCAAAGGCGACAGUGAAGAAGUUAACCAGUGCAGUAGCUCAGUUUUGGUGGAGCCCAGGAGGGAGUACAAAAGGCAUGCAUUAGAAAUCUUGGGAUAAAUUGUGUGUUCCUAAAGACAAUGGUGGUUUAGGAUUUAAGGAUCUCAUGGAUUUUAAUACAGCGAUGCUUGGUAAGCAAAUGUGGAAUGCUUCACCUCUUGACCCGAUCCGUUCUUACUCCCCGUCAUAUGGCUGGCGGAGUAUUAUAUCUGCUAGAUCUCUGGUUUGUAAAGGACUAAUUAAAAGGGUGGGAACAGGUUCAUCUAUUUCGGUAUGGAAUGAUCCUUGGAUCCCAGCCACUCGCCCGAGACCAGCAAACAAAAAAAUUCAAAAUAGUUACCCGGACCUCACAGUGGAUUCUCUCAUUAAUUCGGAAUCCCGAACUUGGAAUCUUCAGGCAAUUAGGGCUGUGGUGGAUCCUCAUGAUGCAAAUAUCAUUGAGAGUAUUCCAUUAAGCAGAAAUCUGAUGGAAGAUAGAAAUGGAUGGCAUUUUACUAAUAAUGGAAAAUAUUCGGUAAAAUCAGGAUAUCAAGUGGAGCGGGUUUAUCCUGACAGAGAAAAACCACCAGAAGUUUAUGGGCCCACAGUAGAUGACCUUAAAGCCUUCUGUUGGAAAGUACAGUGUCCGCCAAAGAUACAACAUUUUCUAUGGCAAAUCCUCUGAGGGUGUAUAGCGGUUUUGAAAAAUCUAAAGGCGAGAGGCAUACAGGGGGUUAUAUGCUGUGCUCGAUGUGGGGAGCCGGAAGAAACAAUAAACCAUGUAUUUUUUGAAUGCCCACCAGCACGUCAGGUAUGGGCUUUAUCUAAAAUCCCAUCGAACCCCAAUGUAUUUCCUACUGAAUCUGUUUUUGGUAAUAUGGAUCAUCUUUUCUGGCGAGUUACUCCAAAAAUGGAUGAUCAUCAAUUUGCUUGGAUCUUAUGGUAUAUCUGGAAAGGUAGAAAUAAUAAAGUGUUCAGUAAUCUGGAUGUUGACCCAAGGGAAACACUAAGAUUGGCAGAAUUGGAGUCUACACUUUGGGCUGUGGCACAGGUGAAAAAGAACCAAACGCCGGAAAUUCAGGCACACACCAGAACCCCAUUGGUAACGUCAGGGCGCUGGUGCUUUAUAGACGGGUCAUGGAAAGAUAAGGAUAUAUUUUCAGGACAAGGGUGGUAUAGUAUCCUACCGGGUUUCGAUGGUUUAUCAGGGGCACGGAAGGUAAGGGCAUGUCUUUCACCUCUACAUUCAGAGAUAGAAGCGCUGAUUUGGGCAAUGGAAAGUAUGAGGAAUUUAAGACAGUUUCAGGUUACGUUUGCAACGGAUUGUUCUCAAUUGGUGAAGAUGGUUUCGGAACCAGAAGAAUGGCCAGCAUUUGAAAGUUAUCUGAAAGAUAUAAUAGUCCUACAAAGGAGUUUUUACAACUCAAAGAUCGUUCAUGUACCUCGGACGGAGAAUAAAAGGGCGGAUAGCUUAGCAUGCAGUGCUAGAAAACAACCGUCUUUCGUCGUUCACAUGGAUGCAGAGUUGCCGGUUUGGUUUACAGAGUCAAGUUGAGUCUGUGAAUGUCUUGUUGUCAAAAAAAAAAAAAAAAAAAACAUUACUAAUUUAGAGAAGUUUUACUAUAUUAAACACUAAUAUGUGUUCGUCUAAUCAUGAGUUACUGUUCAUUAUACGGUAAUAAUGGAUGACACUGGAUUUACAAUUUUUUGAAAAUUGUUACUUUAACUAACUAAAUAUUAAAUUAAAAUAAUUAGAUAAAAAAAUAUAAGUAACAGAAAAUAAAUAAAAAAUCAUUUAACAUUUUACAAAUUCCAAAUUCAAUUAUUAUUUAUUUAAAAAUUAAAAAUAUUAUUUUAGAAAAGAAAUUAUAAAUUUUUA